ACUUAAGGUGUGUAAUUAUUGUUUGCGGAUUUGAUUGGUAAAGAAAUUUUAUUCCCCGCCCAGCAACCACAACUGCUCGCAGCGGGCAAGAUACUCCAAACUGGGAAUCGCAGCGCUGAGAGCAUCGCAAGUUGCUCAAACCGCCUCGGCGUCCAGAAAAACCAAUCCUUCUCCCAAAUGGGAAGAAGCUCGAACACUGGAGUUAAGUGCGACACUGUUUCCGACGCCUCCGUGGAAGCGCACGGAGACGAUGAUCAAGGUCGCUGCAUCCCUCCUCCCUCCGAUUCUCUCCCCUUUUCUGAAGGAGAGAAAGUUCUUGCAUACCAUAAAUCUUCCAUUUACGAAGCCAAGGUUAUAAAAAUUGAAUUUUGGAUGAAGGAAUGGAGGUUUUUCGUUCAUUACCCUGGCUGGAGCAAAAACUGGGAUGAGUGGGUAUGCCUGGAUCGCCUGAUGAAGCAUACUGAAGAGAAUGUCCAGAAGCAGCAGCUGCUCAACAAAAAGCAUGGCAUGGAUAGGAAUACAAAGACAGUGGUAAGAGGCAAGAAGCUAAGGAAUGGCUCUAUUAAUAAGGAGUCUGUACACUUGGAAAAGAUUGUAAACAUUCAUAUUCCACGAACACUAAAGAAGCAACUAAUUGAUGAUUGCGAAUAUAUUACUCAUCUUGGGAAGCUUGUUAAAAUUCCACGCUCUCCAAAUGUUGAUGACAUAUUGAACAAGUAUCUUGAUUACAGGUUAAAGAAGGAUGGCGAGAUAGCUGACUCUGUUGGAGAAGUUCUGAAGGGGUUGCGUUGUUACUUUGACAAAGCCCUGCCAGCAAUGCUUCUUUACAAAAGUGAGCGUGAACAGUAUCAAGAAGCAAUUUCAGAUCAUGUGUCUCCUUCAACCGUAUAUGGUGCUGAACAUCUAUUACGCCUUUUUGUUAAGUUGCCUGAGUUACUGUUCUAUGCUAACAUCGAAGGGGAGACUUUGACAGAGUUGAAGCAGAAAUUGCUUGAUUUUCUCAAAUUCCUGCAGAAGAAUCGAAGCGCCUUCUUCCUCUCUGCUUAUCAUGUACCGGAAGAUUUUGAAACAAAAGCCAAAGAGGAACAAGUUGUCUAAUCUGGGGUGCUUGCUCAUAAUCAUGCACAAGUUACCAUUGUAUUACAUGGAUCUAGGUAGAUAUUUGUCACUAUUAGCACCUUUCUUCUUUCUAGGCUCCAAGACCAUUAAACUUGUAUGGCAGAACAAUAGGAGCCUGCCUUGGUGAAAAUACAUAGUUUUCUCAUCAUCGAAUGUUCCUGUUUUUCUUGUGAUCCUUUGAUGUGUAUAUAAAAGCAUAUUUAUAUUAAAGAGGCAGCAAAAUUUAUAGUAAGGUAGUUUUGGAA